AUGCCCGGAGGCGUGUGUGCCGUCCUCGACUAUGAGGUCGACAUGAUGGCCGAGUACGUUGCCGAGAUGGCAAUCCGUCUGGUCACUCCAGAGGCUACCGUCUCUUCGCCCUUCCGCAAGUUUGUCAGGCAGAUACUCACUUCCACGAGACUGCCGAGCACAACUAUCCUUCUUGGCAUGAACUAUCUUGCUAAGCGAAUCAACGCCAUGAAAGGACAGGGAGGGACCUACAAGGCUUCUGAGGGCCAAGUUUGGCGCUAUCUCACGGUUUCGCUCCUUCUUGGAAGCAAGUUUCUCGACGACAAUACCUUCCAGAAUCGUUCUUGGUCCGAAGUCAGCGGCAUCUCCGUCGCCGAGCUCAACUCUCUCGAGUAUGAUUGGGUUCAGGCUAUGCACUGGCGCCUCUAUGUCAAUCUCGACCUGAGCAAGGACUACCAGGCUUGGCUCGAUAGUUGGCGCGACUAUCAGGACAUGAGGAAGCGUCAAGCCGCCCAGGCCUCUCGUGACAGACUGGCCGCCCAGGUCCCGGCCAUCGAUACCGAAAUCACGCGCUACAAUACUUCCCGCCACUCUCCCAACUCGCGCUACCUUCAAGCCCAGGCUGCUGAGUACGAGCGAUACCAGUCACUCAAAGCUCAGCAACAUUACCAUGGUCGCGAUAGCAUCUGGCAGCACAAUCCAUGGAGUGCCCCACUCACUCCCCCCGAUUCGGGUUACGGUACGCCGGACUAUGGCAUGUCUGCUACUUCUACCAACGCACGGUACAAUGAGUGGUUCUCUAACGCUGCCACCCAGUACGCCAAUCGCUACCCACAACCAGCUGCCCCUAGCCAGUACUUUCCAAGUCGCCAGUCCGCUUAUCCCGCUUAUCCCUACCAUCACAAUGGCUGGGAGCACGGCAUGGGAGACUGCAGUUGUGCUGGCUGCGCCGGAUCCAUAAAGUCCAACUCGUACUUUGCGACUUCUGGCUAUGGUCAACCCGUAAUGGGUUAA